AUGCCCCUGCAAUUGCAAAUACUUGGUUCAAGUCUCCGAUCACCACCAGCUGUUAGCCACUGCAAUGAGCAGUCGAUGAGAUACAUUGUGAUCGAGAGGAAUGAGCCUUGUCUCUAUAGAGCUGGAAGCGGCUACCCCUUCAAUCGCCCCGCCCUCCAGACUGCAAAUGAGGGCUUUUCGGGCCUUGAACUUGCCGCGGGGACAGUUGGCGGCGCCACUUACAUGAAUGCCGGAGCAAAUGGACAGGAAACGGCCGAUGCUGUGGAAAGUGUUGAGAUUAUGACGAGGGAUGGAGAGUACAUGACUUUAAACAGAAGCGAGCUCGGUUUUGUAUACCGAUGGUCUUCGUUUCGAGACAUGAAGGAAUUGGCUGCUAUAACUGCUGUCACUUUCAAACUGAAGAGGAGAUGUAGCCAGCCAUUGGAGGAGACGAGUGCUGGCUCGGUGUUUUGCAAUCCAGAGAGGACGGAUUUGUCUGCAGCGCAGCUGAUUGAGAGGGCCGGGUUGAAAGGAUGCAGAGUCGGAGGUGAUGUGAUCUCCGAGAAGCACGCCAAUUUUUUCAUCAACCGCGGUGGUGCAACUAGUGGCGACAUGCUUAGACUCAUGGACUUCGCUAAGGAGGCUGUGUGGAGGCAGUUUGGCGUCGAGCUUCAUGAAGAAGAAAUUAAAAGUGUUCUCCAAAAUGUACCUGAGAUCACUGAAGUGGUUGGCACUGCAUCGGCAAAUCAAGUAUUAUGCUUAAGCAAAGAGGACGGGGAAAAGAAACGAAAAGAUGUUCUGCGAUCUCUAUUUACUAAACUUAUGUCGGCUAGCAAGGCCAUCAUAUCUGAUGCAGUCUCCAAGUUGAUAAACCGACUGAACAUAAAGAGGAAGUUCAGUCUAAGAUGA